AAAUUGCAGGUGGCGCCCCCGUCGUGACAACUGGAAAAAAACAACAUGUCCGACAAACUUAGACGAUUGUUUUCAGAAAAUACAGGAUUUGAUGAAGUUUUGAUACAUGAUAAGCUCUAUGUAUAGAUAGGACCCAUCAUAACAAUGGAGAGGAGUGUGGGGUCUCGACUGCAGACCUUGUUUCAACAGCUGGAGAAAAUUGGGGGCAAGCAGGCCAGGAACCAAACCAGCACUGAGGAUCUACAAACCAUACGAUAUGUUACAUCGAAAAUCUACCAAAUCCUCAACUCACAAGACAAAGCCCAUCGCGACACAGUCCUCAAAAACACAGGCUGGAUUGAACUCAUUCUGGCUACUUUAAAGAGUACGAGUGACAGAGCAGUUCUUGUGAACACAAUGCAAAUUUUAGCAGAAAUUGUCGGAAAAACUCAGGUCGGGAAACGAGCGAGCAUACUGGUGAGUGCCAACGCGACUAACAUUCUCUUCCAAGUUAUAUACCGUGAGUCUGAGGACCAUAUGUCAUCCGACGAAACCAUGAUGCUGGCUCACUUUGUCCUCGGCAAACUUUCUCAAAAAGACCGUAAAUUUGCCACCAAAGCCCGGCUUAACUUAGUCCUGCUGGUCACCUUGAACCUGAUCAAAAACAAUCUGUAUAACUUCAAGAAUCUGCAGUCACUGCUACAGGUGUUCAAAGCCUACACCAACAAUAGUGUGAAUGCAUCAUACCUGGGUAAGCAGAACUCGAUCCCCCCGAUGUUCCGAGUGAUUCAACAAUGUGGAAGGAAACACACAGCCAUCCUAAAGCUGGCGCUGGACAUCCUGACAAAUCUGACCAAGUCUAGGAACAAUGCAGCCAGAACAAUAGGGGGGGAGCAUGUGCCACACUUGCUGGCUCUUUACCAUGACUGGCAUCAGCUGGACACCAAACACAGACAUGUCAAUCUCAGAAAAGCCAUUCUGAACAUCCUGAAAAAUAUCACCAAUCUUCGCUCAGGGAGGAAGGCCCUGGCUGAUGCUAACGGGAUCCAGGUUUUGUACGACAGUGCCCAGGAAGUUAUCGACUGUCGAGAGAUGGAGGGUCUGAUCCUACUGGCAAGUGUCAUCAUGAGAAAGUGUUGUCCCAGAAACAAACUCCCACUGGACAAACUGCAGAGUCCUGUAAAACUAGAUCUACCGGAAUCUGAGCUAUACCCAUCAGGACAAGAUGUGGUGAAUGACAAUGGCUAUGGUGGGAAUUCCCAGGACAGCGACAACAGCUCGCUAGAGGAAGACGACGACAUCGACUCGGAUGACGAACGAUUCAAAACAGAAGAUCACUCUGAGGAGGCUGACGAUGACACUAAUGAAGCCCCAGAGCCGUACAAGAGGACUGCGGAGGAUCUGAGAAUGUACGACAAUUUCUUCCCAGAAUUGUUUGAAAUUGAGCCUCAGGAUGAUGAUGACGAGCCCUCAGCUUCUAUUUAUAUUCCAACUGGUAACAUUGACUCGUACGGAUCUGUGCCCAAUGAACCGGAACCACGGCCCGCUGGCCUCCGAAUGCCAACUGCUUCCAGCUACUCCAGCUCAAAAAGCAGUGGAUACAGUUCGCUUCAUUACGACACAGCGGACUUUGACUCUUACAGUGGUACCCGAUGUGACUCUGCCACUGCCAUCAACCUUAAAACUGGGACCAGUGUGUUCUCAUUGGAUGGGCCGUUAUCGCAGCCAGUCAAAGCUCCGCCCAGUGCCAAACCCAAACAACUGCUGCCAAAAUCAAACAGUUCGUCCUCAUCAUCGCUUCGAAAACAAAAAGGAAGUAAGAAAGUGUCAAAGGACAAAAAGAAGAAGACGUCUUCCGUCUCAUCCACGGCUGGUUCGGGUGCGAGACUAAAUGAGAUGGAGACAGAGUUCUGUAACGCACUGUGUAUCACCCCAUUCCCCUCAUCCAGCAAAGAAUUUGACCUUGACCGAGAAGGCUACAGCAGUGAUGAGGACGAGAUGGAACAGUACCUUCACAACCCAAUUGUGUUCCAGGAUUUGGCCGGAACCACCAAGAGUGUCUUCAGAUUUGAGAAGUUAGCAUACCCUGACUUGGUAGGAGGGAAGACAGGCCAAAGUCUGGAGGGGCUGUACCACAGGAAGUUUGGAGUGCAGAGAAUGAAAGUGUUUGAGGACAUAGACCGAAUGAUUCACCCGGAGCAUGUGAUAGACCGUGUCGUGUAUGAUGUGGAUACUCUAGUAGCCCGGGCCUCCAGCGCUUACACCCCUGCCAACUCCAACCUCAGUAACAGGGACCAGAUGAGGAUAGGAAGUCGGCUAGAAGCAGGAGGAUCGGCCUCUUUACGAUUUAAUUCACAGUUUGAGAGCGGGAAUCUCAGGAAGGCAAUCUGGGUUAGGGAGUUCGAGUAUGACCUGAUUCUGAAUCCAGAUGUCAACACAAACCACCACCAUCAAUGGUUCUAUUUCGAGGUCAGCAAUAUGAUCGCUGAUGUACCGUACAGGUUUAACAUCGUCAACUGUGAGAAACUGAACAGCCAGUUCAACUUUGGAAUGAAGCCGGUGAUGUUUUCUGUGACAAAUGCCAUGGAUGGGAAGCCAUAUUGGUUCAGGACAGGCUCUGUGAUUUGUUACUAUAAAAAUCACUUCACCCGCAGCGCCCAGGCAACGGGGGGAGUCAAAGGGAAGACCUACUACACUGCCACCUUCACCGUAACCUUCAAACAUGACAAGGACAUCUGCUACCUCGCCUACCACUAUCCUUACACCUACACAACUCUACAGACACACCUGAACCUCUGGGAGCAAUACCUGGACCACACCCAGAUCUUCUUCAGGAAACAAACUCUGUGUAACACCCUCACCGGAAAUGGAGUGCCUGUCCUCACCAUCACUGCGCAACCCAAAUCACUGAGCAGGGAGUUUGUAGACGACCUCAGGAGUCGUCCUUAUAUAUUCUUAUCGGGGAGAGUGCACCCAGGAGAAAGCAACUCCAGUUGGGUCAUGAAGGGUACCAUAGAUUUCUUGUUGAGCAAGAGGCCAGCUGCCCAGCUACUGAGGGAGACAUACAUUUUCAAGAUUGUACCUAUGCUGAAUCCGGAUGGAGUGAUAAAUGGAUGUCACAGAUGUUCCACGUCUGGUGAGGACCUGAACAGACGGUGGGAUAAUCCGUGCCCUAAGCUCCACCCCACAAUCUACCACUCCAAGGGACUGCUUCAGUACAUGCAAAUGAUAGGCAAAGUUCCCAUGGUAUUUUGCGACUAUCAUGGCCACUCACGGAGAAAGAACAUCUUCAUUUAUGGCUGCUGCCCCACUCUGUCAUACAUACAGAACGACACAAAAAACCCAGCCUGCACAGGGAAUAAAACGGAAGACAACGCAUUUAAGACAUUACCCAGAAUCCUUCACUUGACAUCGCCAGUGUUUUCAUGGCAGAACUGUAGUUUUGUGGUGGAGAAAGCCAAGGAAACAACGGCACGUGUGGUGGUUUGGCGACAGAUCGGCGUCAUACGCAGUUACACAAUGGAGAGCUCGUACUGCGGGAUCGACAAAGACGGCAAAUUCAAGGAUCAGCAUAUUUCCACAUUAAUGUUGGAGGAGAUGGGACAAAAGUUUUGUGAGGGACUGCUGAGGCUGAAGACCAGAUUCUCAGGGAAGGACCAGGCAGUGUCCCUCCCAUUCACUGAGGGGGGAAACACUACCAACGAGCCUACUCAGGAGUCAGGAUCUGAUGAAUUACUAGCAGAGGCUGAUGAAGAUGUCAAUCUUCCUGAUGAACAGAUUCUGUACGGAGCUGAGGAUGAGGAAUAUGAUGAAGACGACGAAGAUGAAAUGUACGAGGAAGAUGAAACUUACGAUGAUGACAGAAACUAGUUGGAGUGGAAACUAGAAGAGAUGAUGGCAGCAUGAGAUUGGACAGAUCUCAUUUGGAGGGAGGGGGUAAUGGCGGAGAUGAAGGUCACAAACAGAGACAGGAAGCCUGGGUAUCCGUUGAUGUGUGACAGGAUUACCCUGUCAUUGGAUACAGUGGAACUGAACACUUUAUUAGGCAAUAGAGUCAUGUAGAUUAUAGUAGCAGGAUAUAUAGACAGAUACUGUCUCUUUGAUGAUCUAUUUUAUACAUGUAUUGUACAGUGACAAACUUCUCAGCCACUAGAUGGCACACAAUCACACAAAUAGUCACCACAGGGAUUUUGGUUUUCCGUUCAGAUAUAUUUCAGACACAUUGUGUUCUUUUAUAGUGAGUAUGCAGGUGACCAAGUUCUUUUAAGCAUAUCAUUGAUAUAUCAGUUUUAGAGAGGAAAGUUACAGAUGUGGUUGUGAAUGUCUCUAGAAUAAUGAUGACAGGUUCAUCAUUGAGUAUGUUUAAUAAUAAAACUUUUGUUAACACUGAUUUAAUUUGGAGAUUUUGAUCACCUGAUUGAGUUGCAGGUGCUUGUUUAGUGAACAUGUGCUAUAAAGAUGAGUGGUCACAUCAACUGGGCAUUAUCAUAGUUUUCAUGACGAAACAGUUAUUUCUAAAAAUCAGUGGUGUGUAAACAUUUAUCACCCGUCAUUUGCAUCUGAUGUUUUCUUCAUACAAGAUCACAAGGAUUUGAUAAAUCUAUUAUUUUAAGAGUUGUAUUCUAAAACUUCACCUCAAUCCAAGGUACCUGAGUAAUGUUUUUGUAGGGUGUGAGUGUAAUGUACUUGUACUAUGACUUAGCAUUGAGAUUUCUAGACACUACAUGUAUAGGAGUGUAUUGUAUUUUAAUUUUUUUUUUUUCUUUUGGUAUAUUUCAAGCUGCCUAAAAGUAAUGCAUGGAAAUGACCUUGAUAGAUUUACACAUGUCCUCAGUAUUAGAUAAUAAGUACAAUUUAGAGCAUUAACAAUCAGCAGACUGUACAAUCAGCAGACUCGGUGCCUACUCUGUGUGAUUGUUAUACACGCCUAGUAUUGAUUACAUUUUCAAAUUUUUGGUGCAAUACAUAAAGGAGUAUUAUGCUGCAUGUAUAACUCUGUUGUUGAUUUAUAAAGUUUUUAAGUUUUCCCUAAUGAGCUCAGAGAAUCUGAAAUUACGUUCAUUAUAUGGGCCUGGGUCCUACUUUUCAUGGCAACAAGCUUUGUAAAAAUAUUUAACAAGAUAAAAAUAAACAAAAUAUGAAUUAUACUGUUAUGUUUAAAGUAUAAUCUGGCACCAGGGCCGUAAAAUGUACACAAAUUCAAUUUUGAUCCAAGUUUUACUUUCACAAAAAGGAACAAAAAUUGAAGAACUGAAUUGAGACUUUGAUCACAAGUGAGCUUCUCGAAGUGUUAAGGCCCGGGGGGGGGGGGGGGGGGGGGGGGGGCUGAUACAAGUUCCUGGGAGAAUUUAAUUUUGAUAAUAAUUUGUGAUUAUCGUGAUUUCUUUCGCUCAAACUGAUGGAGAAUGGGCCAGGACUACUGUGAAAAACAUUUUGCACUGUAGAUAUUGUCAGUGAUUUUAUAACUCGACCUUUUCUUGCUCAAUUUAUUGACACAGAGUAAUAGUGAUUGUUUGUACAAAAUGUAGAUUGUUUGUGAUCUGCUAGGUGACAGACCAUGGACUUGUUAUGGAGAUUGUAAGCGAAACCACAUGCAGUGGUGUUGAAAAAUGAUGUGUAAAACAUAUGUCAAAACAGAAAAUGUUAAAGUGCUGUGAUACAACAAGCCUUGUUCCAAAAUCAUUGGAUAAACUUGUGAUAAUUGUAAUUUAUUUGUCUCUCUCCAAUGUACUGCAAUAAGAUGUUUGUGAACAUGUCCUGUAUUCUGUGUAUAAACCUCUUCAGUAUUCUGUGAACCCCUACAGUAUGUACUCUUCUACAGUACUACAGUACUCUUCUACAGUACUUGGUACAGUGGUUUGAUACAGUUGUAUGCCUUGAUGAAUUGUCACAGUUAAUACCUGUUAGGUUCUAUAUAGUUGUGUUGCCUUUAACUGUUUUAUGAAUAUUGACUUGUAGCAAUUUUAGCUCUUUUAGUCUCUAGAGACGAGUGUUAACUGGAUAUUGUUUUGUUUAUAUAUUUGGAGAGAGAAGGGUUAAUGAUUAGAUUUAACAUUAGUUUAUACAUUACUGAGCAAUAUCAUCAUGAAAUAUGUUGGAGAGAAUUAAUCUUGUUGUGUAUGCGAGUUGUGUAUGUAUGUUAUGCAUAGAUACUAACAUUACGUAAUGUUUACCAAUAAAAGGAGGUGUUACCAGA